AUGUCAACGACAGCAUCAACAAAAAUAUCAUCAACAAUAUCAAUAACAACAUCAACAACAACAUCAACAACAGCACCAACAACAAUAUUUAGCGAUGAUGCUAUAUUUCACAUUAUUACAAAAUUUCUUAAUGGAACAAAAUUAUACAAACAUCAAGAAACUGAUUUAAUUGAACCUGAAAACUAUCCUGCUCGUAAUAUUCAUAUUAUUAUUUGGAUAUUCACCAUUAUUACAUAUGUUCUUGCAAUUCCAAUAGCUAUAAGAUUAAUUCGAACAAAAGCUUAUUUAAAUAUAAUUGAUUAUUUUUCAUUUCAUAUUAUACUUUGUUCAUUUAUUGCAUGGAUACCAUCUUUAAUAUUUAUACUUUAUAAUUGGUUUCAAAUAUUUACAUUACGACUUUGUCGUUUACAUUAUGUUAUUCUCUCAACAAAUCUAACUGUUCCAUUUUUCUUUAUACUUUAUAUGAUUCUAGAACGUUUUCUCUAUGCUCAUCCAUCAUAUAAACAAAAAUUUACACAUUUUUCUAAUAUGUUUUAUAUUCAUUUAUAUGCAAUUUUUACUUGGCUUUUCAUAAUGCUUAUUUAUGCUCUUGCAUCACCAUUUACUCAACGUGAUACAAUAUCAAAAAUAUCUCAAUAUACAACGAAAUAUUGUCCAUAUAGUUAUUCUAAAUUAAGUGCAAUUUCAACAGCACGUUCAAUAAUUUAUUUUUGUUUAUUUGUACCAUCUAUAAUAUUAAUUGGUUUUGUUUUAAGAUAUUUUUAUCUUAUGCGUGGUACAAAUCAAAUUUCACCAAUACAAAAAUUAUGGACAAUACGUGUUACAUCAUUAUUAUCAUCAAUAUUACGUUCAACUUAUUAUUUAGUACAAUUAAUUGUAAUUGCUUGUACAGACCCAUAUUGGCUUGAAAUAUUAUUUGAACGUUGUAUUUGUCUAUGUUGUACAUUGACUGGUCGACGACGAAAACCAACAACGCCAGUUGCUAUAUCAACUGAAACAGAAAUACAUAAUUUACCAUAUUCAUCAUCCCAAGGACAUUAUUCACUUGUUGAUGAUACAGUUAAUGAUGAAUUUGAUGAAGCUACUCAUGGACCAGAACCAACAUUACGUGUUAUUGUUUAA